UGCUAUGUUUUGUAUUCAUUAAUUAUUUCUCUGUAUAUCUAUAUCUAAUUUAUUAUUACAUCAUGAUAAUGUUGGCAAAUUGUUUAAUAUCAUGCCUAUAGAUCCAGUGACAGCAUUUCUUUUAGGAACAUGCUGUUGCAUUUGUUGGCCCUGUUUACUGCCAUUCUGUUUGUCUCUACCUGUGAUACCAUUGCCAAUGAUUAUAAUACGACAACAGGAUUUCGGGCCGAAUGCUCAGAAUGCCCAGAAUGGCCAGUGUGUCCAGAAUCGACGGCAGCAACAAUUCCAAGCUAAUGGCUACUUCAAUGGCUUAAGAAGUAGUCUUCGCUACUUCCCCUUCGAAGGAUUUGACGGACAACGAUAUAAUGUGGUAGUCGACAAUAAUACUAACGAUUUCAUCUUUCAAAAGACUACAUAACAGAUAAAUUGUAUGCUUUUGUUAUUAAAAUA